AUGGUUAAACCAAAAAAGAAAUGUCUUCAUAGUAAUUGUGAUAAGAGAUUUAAAUCCGGCGUUAAAAAGCAUUGUGUGGCUAUUCAUGAUUGUGAUGGUACCUAUUUCAACUGUCCUAAUGAACGAGCCAAGGGAUUACAGAUCAUUGCCGACCCUGCAGACAAGCGGUUGAUCGAGGCUCUUACCGCUGAUGGCAAGCUCAGUGGCAAGAUAAUAUGUCCUCACAAGAGCUGUCAUCGUUGGAUCUCAGAUGUAUCAAAGCAUCUCAAUGCAUUCAAGCAUGACCCAUGUCGUAAAUCUCUCAAAUGCGAACUGUGCGGCUUGCAAAAAGAUAGUCAUGCUGAGAAGUUAUUCAUCAAGAAAUAUAUUAGUAAUAACAAGAGUAAAGUGAUAAAUAAUAGUAGUAGUAGUAGUAGUAAUAAUAAUAACAGUAAUAAUAAUAGUAAAUAUAGUUCAGAUUCAAAUUCGGAUUCAGAUUCAGAUUCAAACUCUUCCACUGACUCUGAUUCGGAUUCAGAUAGUUCGAAUGGUGAAGAUGAUUCAUCAGAUAAAGAAAUAGUUAAAAAAGGAGAAGCAGUAGAGAAAGAAGAAGAAGAAGAAGAAAGUGAUGAUAGCGAAGAAGAUGAUUAUGAAGAUGAUGAAGAAGACAGCGAUGGAAGCGACUUUGAAAGCAAGUUUAUUGAGAUGCACCUACCUCCAGGCUGCAAAUUCAAUAAGAAUAUAUUGCGUUGUCUACACAAGGAGUGUGGAUGGGUUAGUCAUGGUCAAGUCAAGAACUUGAAAUACCAUUGUAAAAAACUACAUCAAUGUCAGGGAAAGAUAUACAAUUGCCCAAACUGUAGAUAUCAAACUAAAGGAUCGCUGCGAAGAUACAAGACCAGAUAUAAAAACACAAUGAUGAGAAAUGUGAACAAUUCAUCAUCAUUAUCAUCAUCAUCAUCAAGCAAAACGAACAACAGCAACAACAAUAGCAUUAACAGCAAUAGCAACAGCGGUAAAAAUAAACAACCAACAACACAAACAUCGACACAACACCACCACCAAACACUACCAUCAAACCACACCGUUCAACCGCCAACACAGAUUCGCGCGGUACAGUCAAAGUCGUCGGCAUCGACACACCCCUCCCAAGUUCGACCAAUGCAAUUGAAGAUUUCAGCAGCACCUCUUCCAUCGACGACAAACAAACCGAGAGCAAGCAAGCCAGUUUUAACGACCACCGAUGGGUCAUCAAGCGAUCAGUCUUCCUCAGAGGAAUCAAUGAGCGACGAGUCAUCAAGUUCUUCAUCAUCAUCGUCAUCUGAAGAAUCAUCAUCUGCAGACGACAGUACGGAGGUAGAAGACAUUAACAACAACAACAACAAUAAUAAUAAUAAUACAGAAUAUAAAUUUUCGAUGGAUAGCAACUUUAGAUUAAAGAGAAAACUGAUAUCAUCACCUUCAUCACCAACAACAAAGAUAUCAAGACUGAAACACAAGUGUCUACACAUCAAUUGUCAAGAAACCUAUGAACCAAGCGAUAUUAAAAACCAUCUUUCACAAAUACAUGAUUGUACACCAGAAAAGUUUUGUAAUGGAUGUUAUCUAUCGACAUUCUUUCAACUAUAUCAAAACAACGAACCAGUAAUUAAAUGA